AUGCACAUUUAUACCCAUUUUAAUUCAAGUGCAUUCGUAGAGCUACCUCAUGUUUUCCAAACCGGUAGGUUAUGGAAGUCUAAUAAGGACAAAAGUGCCGCCUGGGGUAGCGCUGUCUGGGGGAAUAGUCGUUGUCUCGUAAAUGGAGUCCCUCAAGAUGCUAAAUGUGUUUCAGUUGUACGUAGAGAGGAUCAACAAGGUGUUUAUACUAUCCAAGGUGUUACAGAGGUGUGUGAUACAGAGCCAGUAGUUUGUACAGCCAUCCCCGUUAGAGAUUUAGCUACCAACGUGGAAUCAUUUUUAGGUGAAUUAAGACAAAGAUUGAUUGAACUCGCUAAUGAAUUUGAUGUGGAAAUAGUUGUCACCAAGGAACCAGUCUAUGGUGCUUCGCAAUUAGCGGGUAAUUUCCCACUCUAUGUGCAUAUAUUAGGAUUUCAAUCCCAUGUAGUCGCUGGUGAAAUUCACCUAUGGUCAUUAGUGGAGUUAUACCGUAGUUCAAGAGGUGCAGGGCCAGCAUUAUUUGUUGAAUAUUUGGAUCUAGAUGCUCAUUCACUUUUACCAAGCGUAGCUGGUAUUGAUAUGGCUAAUUUGAAAUAUGUUCAGCAGGCAUUCCAAACGCAGGCUUAUGUCUCUGCCUUGACAUUACCAAUGGAUAGGGAUUCUGGUCGUGAAUCGAGAUUUAGACCUCAAGUGGUUCUGUGCGGUAAAGUUUACUCAUUGGUAUUGGCCGCUAAAGAUUUUUUAGCUCACAUGGCACAACGACCUCCACAAUCACCCGUCUACUUUCGUAGAUUCAACUCAUUGUCAAGCGGUAAAUUACUCUACAUCCAAAAACACUACCGUCUAGAACUUAACAGGCUUAUGAUUAAAUACCAAUCGCUUGUGAAGGUCACCGAUAGUUGUAUCGAAUUCCGUUCAACUUGCUUACCAUUGUUGGAAGCUCUCAUUAAGGCAUUUACUAUUAACAUUUUACACCGAAUCUUAGAAGUUCAAGUUACGAUGGACAAAAAUUUCCAGUUUAACGAAGAUUCUAUAAGGCAAGUGGUAAUGGAAGAUUUAAUUGUCGUUACAAUACCUUCUAAAGAAAAUCAAUUACUUGUCAUUGGCAACCAUUCUCCUACAGCCACAGAUCAUACUUCCACGAUUUUCAAACAAGUGGCGGCAAUUCAUCCAGCAUCUGCAGUAAGACAAUUACGAGCUAUAUUUGAAAUUCACAUGGAUUAUGAGGAUUUUAUAUCUGGUAAAAAAAAUGGGAAACUGACAAGAGUCAUGGAAACAGUUCAUUGUUUGAUUAAAUUGGAAAGAUUGGAAGAUGAUGAUAAUAUGUUUUUAACGUUAAUCGCAGAUUCUACUCCUGAAUUUAUUAGAGCUUGCAACCUAGUGAUUAAUGAAUUACCUGCAGAGGAGGCAUUUUUCAUACCAGAAAUUUAUCACCGUCCAGUCAUUGGACCUGGUGGUUCUGUGAUUCAAGCAACAAUGAAAAAAUACAAUGUUUUCGUCCAAUUUUCAAGCACUUUUUUCUUACCUCAAAAUGAUCUUUCAUGCACAAGGUAUGACAACGUCGUCAUUAGAUGUCCCUAUAAGAAUGUUUCUGCAAUACCCCAAGCUAGAGAGGAACUGGCUCUUUUAGCUCAAGAAUGUAGCAAAUUACGCCCCCUAGCUCUAGUGAAACUUUCUAGGGGCCAAUACCGUUUCCUAUUGUCAUCAUCAUCACCUUCAAUUGCUCAAACUAUUGCCAACAUUGAGAAAAAUCACAAGGCUUUUGUCGAUUUCCCCACUGAGGAACCUACUGAUAACUACUUAUUGGAAGUAAGAGGCACUGAUAACAAUUGUCUCCAAGCUGCAAAAGAGUUGAUCAGUGGAUCUUAUGGUUGCGAAACUAUUGUUAAAUUGGAUCAACCUAUGGUAUUAGAUCACGAUUUUUACAAUUCAAUCGUCAUCCCCUUCAAACAUGCAAUGGGAAUUGAAGUAACUGCUUCAUCAGAUACCAUUAGACUCGUCUACAAAAGAGGUAAUGGUUCAUUAAACAAAUCGCUCGAAGUGCUAUCCGAUUACGUUAGAAGUCACAGACGUAAAGUAAUGACAACAGAAUUAGAAAGAAAUUUCUUAGUCACUUUUGAGGAUCAACAAGAGAAUCAAAAGAAAGCCAUUGACGAAACUACCGCUAAUGCCAUUAAAUUGCAACAAUUCCAUAUCGAUAGCCAAUUGGCCGUGUUACCACCAUUAUACCACAGAGACAUGCAAUACUUGCAAAAAAGUGAAGAUUCUCGUGAACCGCUAAACCUUGUACAAUACGGGUACACUGCCAGAUGA